UUCAUUCUUACAGCAGGCCGUACUUAUACCCCGUGCGUUGCCGCUAUAUCUCUUCAUCUCCAUUAGCAGAAAGUUAAAAGUCCUGAUGUUAUGGCAUCUUUUCUAAAAGCAACCCACUUCAUUCACUCCAAUAACAAGCUUGAAAAUCACGCUUUUCCUCACUCCUAUAAUAAUACCCAAAAACUCAAGAUUUCAACUUCGGUCAAACCUCCCAUGGCUGCUCUCAACACCACACCAACUGUUGGACUUUCUGAAACUUUCACUCGAUUGAGGAAACAAGGCAAAGUGGCAUUAAUUCCAUACAUCACUGCUGGGGAUCCUGACAUGUCAACAACUGCAGAAGCACUGAAACUGCUUGAUCGAUGUGGUUCGGAUAUCAUAGAACUAGGGGUACCUUACUCUGAUCCAUUGGCUGAUGGUCCAGUCAUCCAGGCUGCUGCUACAAGAUCACUGAGUAGAGGGACCAAUUUUGCCAAAGUCUUAUCAAUGUUAAAAGACGUAAACCCCAUAGUCUCGAAUUUCUAUUGUUGCAUUAUACAACAUGGACUUGUUGUUCCAGAUGUCCCUCUUGAGGAAACUGAAAUUUUAAGAAAGGAAGCUGCUAGGCGUAAUAUUGAAUUGGUAUUGCUUACAACACCGACUACUCCAACAAUUCGUAUGAAAGCCAUUACUGAAGCGUCGGAAGGAUUCGUGUAUCUUGUGAGCUCAAUUGGAGUUACUGGAGCUCGUGAAUCUGUCAGUUCGAAGGUUCAAUCGCUCCUGAUCGACAUUAAAGAGGCAACAUCUAAACCAGUGGCUGUGGGAUUUGGUAUAUCAAAACCCGAGCACGUCAAGCAGGUGGCAGGAUGGGGAGCUGAUGGUGUGAUUGUUGGUAGUGCGAUGGUAAGAAUACUAGGUGAAGCAAAAUCCCCCGAAGAAGGCUUAAAGGAAUUAGAGGUCUUUGCGACAUCUUUAAAAUCUGCACUCUCUUGAUUUGAU